AGAAAUUCUAUUGGGUUGCUGUGCGUCACGUGAUCACAACAUUACAAAUAAAUGCGGAAGCUGAAAACAUCGCUUGACAUUAAGCGGUCUCCUCUCAGCAAUGCCAGCAAAAGACCCUUGUCAAAAACAGGCUUGUGCUAUCCAAACGUGUUUACAAGCUCACAAGUACGUGGCGAGCAUGUGCGCGGAUGUGAUCGAUGACAUGAGGCGGUGCUGCCGGACGCAUGGCGCAAACUCCAUCUGCUGUUCCGGUUUUAAGGACCCCAAACACACGGAGAGGAAACCCAGCACGUAGCCUCCAACGCGGCUUUGGAUGUAGCAUUUGCGUGGGACAACGGCUAGACGCAUGAUUGGCUGGAGUGUAAUUUUAUAAAAUAAAAUAUAACUACAGUAAAUAAAUGGUUACAAUUGAACAUUUA